AUGGAAUAUACGGAGGACACAAAAUACACCCAACAAGACACCACCUCUUUCAGUUAUCGAAAACGUAUCAAGCCCAAGCGAAAGACCCAUAUCAUCGGUAUCAACACGGAUGAGGUUGACCAGGAGAUCUUCUCCAGCAUUGAAGCUGCACAAAGUAAACUAGAGGCGUCGAACACUGAGGCAGCCAGACUUGAGCAGCAGAUCAAAGACAUUAUCAAACAACAGAAGGACCUAGAGGGCGACAUUGCUGACCUGGAGAGGGAGAAUGAAAGAUUGCUACGAGGCAGAAGGAAGACUUCUCCAAGAGCUGACGCUACAGCACACUCCUUCACCUCAACCGUUUCUGGUCAGAAAUCAAACGCAGAACCCAAGACUGCGAGAUGCCAUUACGAAGACUUGUUUUCAGUCAACAUUGCCGAUCGCAUGAGUCGUUCCCCGCACCGACAAGGAUGGUCUCAGGAUGUGUACGUCGACUUCAAGGACGACGACGCCAAGAGACGCGAGAGAGCUUGGAAGCAGGCGGAAUUUCGAGUUCCCGAUCUUUCAAAUGAGGUUCAUGCACCAGUCGACGCACCUCAUCGACAUCCUCCACCAAACCGACAACAAGUAAACAUCAAAGAACUCAAGGCUCAGAUGGGCCGUAUCAUCAUGGAUAGUUAUGCUCCUCUUCAGAAGAUGGACAAGUCUGGUGUGCCAAAGAAUCAUGACGAAACCCAGCAAACCAACCGAUUAGCUGCAUUGGAAGACGCUUUGAGAAAACACAGAGAAGAUAUGAACGCUGCCAAUAUUAGACUAAGGGCACUUGAAGAAGAGCCCUUCGUCUUGUAUUGCAGACGCACCAGAGAGCCACAGCUAGAGUACUAA